GGGAUGAUGACGCUACGCUGGUAUUUUGGCAUUAUAAACAUGGGACAGAGAGUGAGGGUUUGCAUUUCCACACAGGCAUGGGCCUUCCUUCUCACGCAGACCCCAACUUCUAGACCUAACUCGCCUGCACGGCCUUCCCUGUUAUUAUCACCUUCACCUUCUGCAGCUCGCAGAAUUAAGGGAAAAUACAUCGUUUUAAGAACCACCCUUUUAUUGAUCUUUUCUCUUCUCUUCGAUUUUUCUUCCAGUGAUUGUUUGAUCUCAAGUUAGAACUGCAGAGGGUCUAGUAUGAUUUAUCACUUGGAUUUUAUCGCUACCAGUUUCUUUGGUGCGUUCCCUCACUGGUUACUUUUGGGUUGGCCUCUGCUGCGUAUUUCUUGACGAUUUUGAUCACCAAGUUUGAGUUUUGUUGGACUUAGUUUGAUUAUGCUUCAAUCUGGUCGAUUUCUCGCUUGUGGGAUUGUUCUAAAACAACUUCUUAUUGUUUUUUUUUUUUUUUGGCCCAGUGGAUAUCAGUUUGUCUCUGCUUUAGACUAGCGGAAAAGAAUAAUAUAAAAUAAGUUGUUGCUUGUGGUGGAUAAGAAGGACUCAAAAAGCUUAAACGGCUUGCGGUAAAUGUGUGCCGUGCAAGUCAGCCUUUCGGUUUUCUUUAUCCUUCUGUUGAUCGUUUCAUGGGAAAUCUUCCGGGCAUUUAUUGAUUAUUCUUACUUCAGCUUCAAAGUUUCCUCUCAGAUCGAUGUUUGCUUCAGCUUUGUUCUUUCUAUGAGGCAUAUUCGCUGAUCUUGCUUCCCAACAUGAACUGUUUGUGCUUCAUUUGUUGCCAGUAUGGAGAUCGCAUGAUCUGUGCCCAUUGUAGUGCUCAGAUAUUUACCAUGUCCUUGAUUUUCUCUAUACCUCCAGCAGAGGAGAUGGCGGUUUUAAUGUCUCAUAUUUGGAUGCCUCUGUUAGAUACAUAGUUUGAGAUUCUUGUCAGUUUAGAAUUACUUGAGCAGGAUUAGAUCGCUACAUUCCAGGUUUAGUUGCAAGUAGAUAGCAAAAAAUCUUGAAAAGUAAAAUGGAUCAGGGUGGAGGCUGAGAUUCCCCUAGCUAGUUGAAAAUUGUAGGUAAUAUAAAGAACCACUCUGAGAAAUCAAAUUGAUAUUAUAAGCAAGCCACUUAUUUCUUUUGGAAAAUCAGGAUUUAUAUUACACCAGUGAUGGGCUUGCCACAGAUACCCUUAAGUGCAACUGCAGAAGAUGUCGCACCAGCCACAGCUGUUUUGCACAGCUCUCCACAGUUUUCGGAUGCAGGCUCCUCUGGCAUUGACAAUGUGCAUAGCGAAAGUACAAGUGGAUUGGCUGCAUAUCCUCGGGGUCCCCCAUUCAUUGAUUUCCCAAAGAAAGCCUCUUUGGAAAUUUCAAAUACAUCUGAUAAUAUGUGUUAUUAUAGAGGAGCGAUUGAGGUUACUUCUAAUGUCCACAGCCUGAAGAUUGGUUCUUCAGAUAGCAGUUGUUUUUAUACUUCAAGAAAUGGGCGAAGUAUUCACACCCCGGCUUCUAGAAUUGUGGGUUUUGAAUCAGGCCCAGCAAGUUCUUCAACUGAUGGGUUGAAUGGAGCUCCAGCUACUAAUCUUCAUUCUUCUGCUGUUACUAAUGUCACAGCCAAUGAUACUGAACCUGCCAGCUCAUUGGUCAGGAAGCGACUACUAUCACCAUUGAGUAGCAUGCUCUCUCCAAGCCAUUUCAAAGGUGAUCCUCUGGAUAUUGGCUGCAGAAAUAUAGAGAGUGGGGUUAAGAUUGAUAAUUUCAAAACUACUCUUGCACAAGAUAACAAGAAGGCAAAUAUUGGAAGUAAUAACAGCAGUGACAUGCCUUCAUGGUCCUUGUCAAGUUGCUUGGAGCAAAAAAACACGCCCCUUAAGGCAGAUUCCUUUUUUUUCAGUGAUGGUCCUCUGCUGGUCAAUAGAGAACUAUUAUCCCAUGGUAGUUGUCCUUCCACACCUGCCGUUGAUCACUUUAGGGAAUCAAUGCAAGUAAAAUUCCCAAGCGACAUGAUGCCCACAUCCCCUGUAGUGAACUCGCCUCCACUUUCCUUCUCGCCUCUUGGUCCUAAAUUUUCUGAGAGGUUAAAUGCAGUGGGAGGAUGUAGGAAUACUAUUAGAGAGAAGAAGAAUUGCAGCAUUACCCUAAAGAAUAUAGAGAACUCACUGGACAAAUCUAACUUAUGCCGAAAGAAAGAUAAAUUAAAUAUUGCAAGCAAAUCAUUUGAAGAUGUUGAUAUUUUGUGCCAAGACUUCUGUCCAUCUUCUUUGGAUGGUGGUGCUGAUACAAGUUGGCAAAUAGCUCAAGAAUUAGUGCCUGCCUCCCACUCCAUGAGGUUCAGCAGAAGUUUGAGUGGGCUUCCAAUAAGGAGGUCCUUGGUUGGUUCAUUCGAGGAGUCUCUUUUAUCUGGCCGCUUCUUUUCUGGAAACCUUAGUAAGAGAAUUGAUGGUUUUCUUGCUGUGCUAAGUAUUACUGGGGGAAACUUUUCUCCAAAAUCACAAAAGCUUCCGUUUUCAGUGACUAGUGUCGAUGAAGAUUGCUACCUGCUGUAUUAUGCAUCAAUAAAUCUUGCUGGAAAUUCAUCACCAAACAAGGCUAGAGGCCAACAACUGAAACGAGGAAUUAGCAAUGAUGAUUCACAAAUUGUCAAAAGUCGCUUGCGAAUUCCCAUGAAAGGACGGAUACAAUUGGUUCUAAGCAAUCCAGAAAAGACUCCCCUUCACACUUUCUUUUGCAAUUAUGAUUUGAGCGACAUGCCGGCUGGUACCAAAACAUUCUUGCGACAGAAAAUUACACUUGAAUCUUCCAGUUCAACUUGCUCUCAGCCAAAGCAAGGUCCAUCCAUUCCAAACAGUGGAAUCAUUGGUAAGGAGAUCCCAGGAAAACAAAAGUGUCAUGACCCGCAUUGUGAAGAGUUAAUGCACACAGAUGCAGUUGACAUAGUAAAUAGAACAGGGUUGAUGAAUCAGAAAUUGGGAAAUGGCUGUUGUUUGGUGGAUUUAAUUAACGAAGAGGAAUUGAAACAAUCUCCCAGCAUGAAAAUGACGGGAAUUCCUUCCUUGGUAAAGCUUGAUGAUGGAUGUAUUUCUGUUAAAUGCAAGAAGGAUGACAGAAAGGAAUCAUUCUGGGAUAAAACAUGUGAAGAAUCCCGGAAAUCAUUGCACUUCUGUUCAAAAGUUAAUGAGAAUUGUAACAGUGCUGGUCCGCUUCGUUAUGCUCUUCAUCUCCGGUUCACAUGUCCUUUUCCUAAAAAGACUACAAGAACAUCACUUCAGAAAUCCCGACCAAAUUCACUUCCAGAAAAAACUGGAUUGCAUGUGGAAGGGGAUCGGAGAUUUUACUUAUAUAAUGAUUUGAGGGUUGUGUUCCCUCAGCGGCAUUCAGAUGCAGAUGAGGGCAAGUUGAACGUGGAAUACCAUUUUCCUGAGAAUCCAAGAUACUUCGACAUCAACUGAAAAAAAAUGAGGUUUCGCUCCUCCGAAGCAUGAUGCUGCUAUUGCUGCUGACCAUCUUCUGUACAGUAACAUGUUGGUCGUCAGUCAUGGCUGUUGGAAAUGACACUAACCCCUUUUACUCCUCCUGUAAAUACUUUGAUUUUAAAUAAUAUGGCGGGUUAAUUA